CGGCCGCUUAGGAGGGAUGCAGACAGACAAACGGUGGCAUCAGUUUUACGCGGUGCUUUAAUUUCGGGAUUACUCAAGGUUCUAGUUAGAUUAAAAUGCACUUCGAAAGGUUACAAGUGUGAAAUUGUUAGCUAAUCGAAACACAGGUAGCAGAAAGGAACGUACGUAAUGCAUUGGUUCAGUUGUUGUUUCACGGCUGUGGUAGCAUUUUGCCUUCUGCCGCUUCUAUGCUACGGUAAAGAAAACGAAGAACAGAAAGAUGUCAUAUUCCUCGAACCGGGGCGGCUUGUAUCGUACACGUACGACGAAUGGAGCAUCGCUAGACCCGGUCUGUUCGUGUAUUGCUACCCGGGCCAAGAGCUGACACUUCUGAACGCUUUCUGUACCGUUUCGAUACGAAUGCACUGUGACCAUGAUAACUACAACCAGUACCCGGGCAGUUCUCCGGCAGAGGUUAAGAAACACUACAAAGCGGAACAGAGUCUGUUCAGCUUCAAUGUGUUUGCCUCACGCAAACGAAGGCAGGUGGAACUGGAACCCUUCAACCAGAGCUGUCUCGGUGUUGUUUCAUCCGGGAAGUACGAAAUAGAGGUACUGCUUAAUCGGUUCGAUUUGUGGCGCGUUGGAUUGUUGGUUUUUGGCGUGCUGCUGUUCUACAUUGCGCUACCGAUGAGCCAAAAUCCGCUCUUCUACUACACCGGUGGCAUUCUGAUUGGAUUGACAUCGUUCGCGCUCGCACUCGUGUACAUGUUCAGCAAGCUGAUGCCGUACCGACCGCUCAUGCUCGGUGUAAUGGUUGGCGGUUGGACACUAGGCUUUUACGGCAUGCAGAUGAUGUACGAAAACUUGCGUCUAAUCUUCGUGCUUUACCAACAUUACGUGUUUUGGUACCUGGCCAUCGUUGGAUCGAUUAGUUUCUUCGUGUGCUAUCGGCUCGGCCCACCGAAAGAUCAUCGCAGCAUACGGGUCAUCCAAUGGACGCUGCAAUUGAUCGCCCUCACGAUGGUGUUCUUCUCUAGCUACCAGCGUACACUCGCUACCGGGUUUGUGCUUGUCGUCAUUGGUGCUUACUACCACGCCACACCGUUGGCCGCGAUACGCUGGAUACGUAAUCGAUUUCGUAGCCGGUACCCGGGCCGGCGACGGUUGCUUACGGUGGACGAGUUCGAGGAGCAGGGUCGGAUCGAAACGGAUCGUGCACUAAAAGAUCUGCGUGAAUACUGCCGCAGUCCGGAGUGUAAGCAGUGGACGACGAUGAUGAAGUUGCGCGAUCCGGUGCGUUUUGCAUCGUUCGUCGAAGGAUCACCGCACGUGAUGGAUGAGGAAUGCUACGAGUACGACAAUGUUCACUCCAGCCUAAGCCAUGACGAAUCGGAAGAACUGCUGGAAUCGAGCGAAGCGGAAUAGAACUGAGACAAGAGAGACGUUCACAUCACCCGUGGAGGAGAAGAUAAAACAAAUGAUCAACAUAAACGCCAUAAACGGAACGGAUUGUAAUGUGCUGCGCUGUAUUAGUUCUAAAUAUAGUUUUCCUAUCCCGAAGCGAAUGGGAUAACACACAA